AAUAAAUAAAUAACAUAUGAACACACCCAAGACAUUUUGGGGUUCCAGGAAGACUUGUACUUUUUAUGGGCACUUAAAUCUUGAACCAGAUGAUUGUACAUCCAUUUACAUCUUUAAUGUAGAUCCACCUCCAUCUACUUUAAACUCACCACUUUGCUUACCACAUCAUGGAUUACCGUCUCACUCUUCUGUUUUGUCACCAUCGUUUCAGCUCCAAGGCCACAAAAACUAUGAAGGAACUGGUGAUGUUCCAGAAUCUAGAUACAGCCCAUUAGGUGGUCCCAAACCCUUUGAAUGCCCAAGUAUUCAAAUUACAUCUAUUUCUCCUAACUGUCAUCAAGAAACAGAUGCACAUGAAGAUGACCUAAAUAUAAAUGACCCAGAAAGGGAAUAUUUGGAGAGGCCCUCUAGAGAUCAUCUCUAUCUUCCUCUUGAGCCAUCCUACCGGGAGUCUUCCCUUAGCCCUAGUCCUGCCAGCAGCAUCUCUUCUAGGAGCUGGUUUUCAGAUGCAUCUUCUUGUGAAUCUCUUUCACACAUUUAUGAUGAUGUGGACUCAGAGUUGAAUGAAGCUGCUGCCCGAUUUACUCUUGGAUCACCUCUGACUUCUCCAGGUGGCUCACCAGGGGGCUGCCCUGGAGAAGAGUCUUGGCAUCAACAGUAUGGACUUGGACAUUCCUUGUCACCCAGGCAAUCUCCUUGCCACUCUCCUAGAUCCAGUAUCACUGAUGAGAAUUGGCUGAGCCCCAGACCAGCCUCAGGACCCUCAUCAAGGCCUACUUCCCCCUGUGGGAAACGGCGGCACUCUAGUGCUGAAGUUUGUUAUGCUGGGCCCCUUUCACCCCAUCAUUCACCUGUUCCUUCUCCUGGUCACUCUCCUAGGGGAAGUGUAACAGAAGAUACAUGGCUCAGUGUUUCUGUCCACAGUGGAUCAGGCCUUGGCCCUGCACUUUUUCCCUUUCAGUACUGUGUAGAGACUGAUAUCCCUCUGAAAACAAGAAAGACAUCUGAAGAUCAAGCUGCCGUACUACCAGGAAAAUUAGAACUCUGUUCAGAUGAUCAAGGAAGUAUAUCACCAUCCCGGGAGACUUCAGUAGAUGAUGGCCUUGGAUCUCAGUAUCCUUUAAAGAAAGAUUCAUCUGGUGACCAGUUUCUUUCAGUUCCUUCACCAUUUACCUGGAACAAACCAAAGCCUGGCCACACCCCAAUAUUUCGCACAUCUUCAUUACCUCCAUUAGACUGGCCUUUACCAACUCACUUUGGACAAUGUGAACUGAAAAUAGAAGUACAACCUAAAACACAUCAUCGAGCCCAUUAUGAAACUGAAGGUAGCCGAGGGGCAGUCAAAGCAUCUACUGGGGGCCAUCCUGUUGUGAAGCUCCUGGGCUAUAGUGAAAAGCCGAUAAAUCUACAAAUGUUUAUUGGAACAGCAGAUGAUCGAUAUUUACGACCGCAUGCAUUUUACCAGGUGCAUCGAAUCACUGGAAAGACAGUUGCAACUGCAAGCCAAGAAAUAAUAAUUGCCAGCACAAAAGUUCUGGAAAUUCCACUUCUUCCUGAAAAUAAUAUGUCAGCCAGUAUUGACUGUGCAGGUAUUUUGAAACUCCGCAAUUCAGAUAUAGAACUUCGAAAAGGAGAAACUGAUAUUGGCAGAAAGAAUACUAGAGUACGACUUGUAUUUCGUGUACACAUCCCACAGUCCAGUGGAAAAGUUCUUUCUCUACAGAUAGCUUCUAUACCUGUUGAAUGCUCCCAGCGGUCUGCUCAAGAACUUCCCCAUAUUGAGAAGUACAGUAUCAGCAGCUGUCCUGUAAAUGGAGGCCAUGAAAUGAUUGUGACUGGAUCUAAUUUUCUUCCAGAAUCCAAAAUCAUUUUUCUUGAAAAAGGACAAGAUGGACGACCUCAGUGGGAAGUAGAAGGAAAGAUAAUCAGAGAAAAAUGUCAAGGGGCUCACAUUGUCCUUGAAGUUCCUCCCUAUCAUAACCCAGCAGUUACAGCUGCAGUGCAGGUGCACUUUUAUCUUUGCAAUGGCAAGAGGAAAAAAAGCCAGUCUCAACGUUUUACUUACACACCAGUUUUGAUGAAGCAAGAACAUAGAGAAGAAAUUGAUCUGUCUUCAGUUCCACCUUUACCUGUGCCUCAUUCUGCCCAGACCCAGAGGCCUUCUUCGGAUCCAGGGCACCCACAUGACAGUGUACUGUCAACACAGAGAGGCUUGAUUUGUCCUGUCCAGCAAUCAUAUGCAUCUAUGGUAACCUCAUCCCAUUUACCACAGUUGCAAUGUAGGGACGAGGGUGCUGGUAAAGAGCAACAUCUGACAACUUCUUCAGUAGUGCACCAGCCUUUUCGAGUUACACCAACCUCUCCUGUGGGAUCUUCCUAUCAGCCUAUGCAAAGUAAUGUUGUAUAUAAUGGACCAACUUGUCUUCCUGUUAAUGCUGCCUCUAGACAAGAAUUUGAUCCAGUUUUAUUUCAGCAGGAUACAACUCUUCCUAGUUUAGUAAAUCUUGGUUGUCAACCACUGUCAUCCAUACCAUUUCAUUCUUCAAAUUCAGGCUCAGCAGGACAUCUCUUAGCACGUACACCUCAUUCUGUGCAGACCUCACCUAAUCUGCAUUUGAUGGGAUACCAUUGUACAAACCCAGGACAAAAAUCUCUUUCUUCUACAGUGGCCAACCAGGUCAGGGGUCAGCUUUCCCCUCAGUUGCAACUUACUGCAUAUGAUCCUUCACAUUCACGGUCUGCUGCAGCAACUGCCCCAGCAGCCUCUCAUCCCCUGGCCGGUUCAUCACUUUCUGGGCCACCAUCUCCUCAGUUACAGUCUAUGCCUUACCAAUCUCCUAGCUCAGGAACUGCUUCAUCACCAUCUCCAGCCACCAGAAUGCAUUCUGGACAGCACUCAACUCAAGCACAAAAUACAGACCAGGGAGUUAUUUCUGCGCCUUCAUCCUUAAUAUGUCACAGUUUGUGUGAUCCAGCGUCAUUUCGACCUGAUAGGGCAACUGUAAGCAUCAAACCUGAACCUGAAGAUCAAGAACCUAACUUUGCAACCAUUGGUCUACAGGACAUCACUUUAGAUGAUGUGAAUGAGAUAAUUGGAAGAGAUAUGUCCCAGGUUUCUGUUUCCCAGGGCCCACAAAUUAGAGCGGCUUCUCACCUGAGUCCUGAGUCCCUGGAUUGAGGAAGAUCUGAUCGGCUCUGACAGUGCUUACUGCAGCCUUGUGUCCGCCACCAUUUUCUCAGCGUGUUUCUCUUUUGGACCUUGAGUUUCCAACUCUUUUCGCCUUCAGGACCGGUGCCAGGGUUGGACUCAGCAUUUGUGGGGAGUGGCAUUCCUCACCUCUGGCCUUGGUUAGAUUUUGUAAAAGAAUCAGAGCAGCAUAGGCUGUUGAGCUGUGGAAAAAUGAGCUUUGCAUUUUUUAUAUUUAAAUAGGAUACUUUUAUAUGAUGGGUGCUCUGAGUGUGAAUGCAGCAGGCUCUCCCUUUCAGAGAUGCUGCUUUUGCAGGUGGGUUGGUUGUGUAGCUAGGAUUGGUGAUUUGUAUUUUCUGGUCAUUUGACGGGCCCUUUAGUUUUGAUACUUUAAAAAUAGGAACUUUUGAUAAAACCUUCCACAGGCAAAUGGGCAGAAAAUUAUUCUAAGCCCUUACAUAUGCCUCAGAAACUCAGCAUGUGUCCUGAAGCCAUAGAUUCAUAGGAAAUAAAGCCAAAUGUAGCUCAUACUCUUUAUAAAAGUAAACUAUUGUUAGAUAGAAUGAGAAAAGACCAUUCCAUCACGGAAGUGUUGGAAUAUAAAGACAUUCCAGAGCAUAGCCUUUUUAUAUCUUUCUAGGUCAUCUUCCUAUAGUCUCCUUACUGGCUCCAUGUUGAAACUGCUUUUUUUCCUUCAGGACUUUAGGCAAAAUGGCUACAUCUAAGGUGACUUUGAAAGCAGUCAUCAAGCAGUUUUAGCUUGGAAACUUUAAAAAUUAGUGCUCAUUAGUGUUGUCUGGCCCCAAAACCUUUUCCAAGUGGGAAUGUCUGCCUUUGGGUGUUACCUUCGAAACCAGUCUCCUGAUGGUUCAGGUAGCUUUGCAGUUCUAUUCUAGAGGCCAUUCUAUGUCAGGAGCUAAACACAAGUGAACUAUGCAUCAGGAUGGGCAAAGAAAAUGUAGGAUUCCAGAUGGGAAAGCUUAUCUCCCAUUCUGUUUACAGCCUGAAAUCAUUCUGGCCUACCCUGUCCCAUGUGUAUGAAUUAAAAACCAACCUUCCAGAAGGCAUUGAGGCACAUCUAAAAUGGGCUGGCAUCAUAGACCAUACCCUCCACACCAAAGAUGCCCUGGUGCUGCUGCUGGUGACUGACAUCCAAGGCAGGG